CACAGAGAGUUGGUGAGACCAGUAAACAUUAUUUGCCGAUAGACAAAUGGACACAUAAAACAAACACACCUAACAUCCACUAUUAAUUAAUUAGAGACAUGGAGAGUUGGUGAGAGGAGGAAUCAUUAUUGGGUAGUGAGAUGAAUAAAUAAAGCGCAAGAUGUCGUUGGUUCAACAUGGUCGUUAGAGCACCAUUAACGGGAUGUUUUAACACCGUUUCUUAAGUAAUUAGGAAAAAAAAAAAAAUCAAAAAUAGGGGAUAAGCGAGGAAACGCCUCUUAAUUAAGAGGUGGAAGGAACGUCUCCUAAAGGACGCGUGGCGACGCUUGAGUGGGUAGAGAGGAGUUGAACGAAAGCAGAGGUAAAAGGAAGGUAGGCAAAAAAAAAUGGAGUCACCGAAGAAGAUAGCUCAUGAGAUCGGCGGUGUGAAGAGAGACGCUGUUCGGUUUGGUCUGAACGGCGUUAAGAGCGACAUCGUCGGAUCUCACCUAUUCACCUAUUCAUCAUCGGAUCUUCACCCGAGGUUCCAGAGACCUUCUGGACCAAUUCCAUCGUCAAUGCUCGGUUUAGAAGUCUACACAGGAGCCAUUGAUGACUUUAGUUUUGACGAUUACUUGAAUGUAUGCACUAGCAGAUAAGGAUGAAGCUGGAACAGCUGCUGUUAAGACAGUUGAACUCGACGCAGUUCUCGGAGGCCGUGCUGUCCAACACCGGGAAAUCCAGGGUCACGAAUCUGACAGAUUCUUGUCUUACCAAGCGAUCCUCCUGCCAUAUUCUUCUGCUCUGGUGCAGGGAGCUACUAAUGUGUUUUGGUAAAAUCUUUAAUUAACAUCUUCAUUUGAUUUUGAUUACUAGGUUCAGUCAUGUAAUUGGAAACUGUGGUAGUUGCAUUUCCUUUUUUUGUUACUUGUAUUUUUUAUUUGUUAAGAAGUGUUAUGAUGCUCUUUCCAUA